AUGCCAAGUAUACCGAAUGUACCAAACUUCAACACCUACGGCGCAGGCGCGGAUUACAUGUAUAAGAACACACUUGGAGCUUCACUAGGCGCAGAACGCACUGAUUUCCUUCAAAAGACUGAUGUAUCUGCGAUGGGAAAACUAAAUCUCUUCAAGACGCCUAGCUCUUCACUCGAUUUCGGCGCAGGUGCAACGCGAUCCUUUUCUCCCUUCAUACCAAAGAGCAGCUGGGAACCGGCGUUUAAGUUUAACUUUAUGAAAUCAUUUUAA